CAGCAUCAGCCAGUUGAAUUCCAGCAGAACUGUUCUGUGCCUGUCCAGAGGACACCAUGUCAGACACUGAGCCUAACAGAGUGUGGCACAGAAAUGCCAAGACGCCCAAUGAGAGCUGCAGUCACACUGACAACCGCAGUGGUGCACAUGCAGAAGAUCUGAAGCAGUGGCUGAACCAUGUACAGAAGGUGAAGGUGAAAACCCUGGGGGAGGCCCAAGAUCAACACAGUCAACUUCUAGAUAACGCUUUAGCCAAGACCACUCAGCACUUCAGUCAAGUCAAGCCAGUGAUAAAUGGAGACACACCAAAUCACAGACACAGAGUGGGAGGCACCAAAGUGUUUGUCGACAGGCCUUCACUGUUGGAUGAACUGUUUGAGAUCAACCAUGCCAGGUCCAUCUACCACAUGUUUGUAGCUGUGUUCAUCAUCUUCUACAUGACCACACUACUCGUCAACUACAUUGAGCAGGGCAGAUUGGUUUUGGAGCUUGACCUGUUGUUCUAUGCUUUUGGAAAACUGGGGAUGGUCGCCUGUGCCUGGCUGGGGAUGUUUGUCUACACUCUGGUUGUUCCCUACUAUCUCCUGCGCUUCUGGGGGACGUUCUACCACAGUUUCCAAUCUAAGGUGUUGUUGUCUCUGGGUGCGAGCCUCGUCCUGGCUGCCAUGCAUGCCUGUGUGCUGGGAGUGUUCCCUGUCUUUGUGGUCGUGCACAACCAGAUGCCCCCAGCCUCACGCUUUAUUGUUAUAGUGGAACAGAUCCGAUUCCUGAUGAAGAGUUACUCCUUCAUAAGAGAAACUGCUCCUGUUAUUAUGAAGAGCACACCAAAGCAAGGAGAACCUCCCAGGUUCCCAUCACUGUCCAGCUAUCUUUACUUCCUCUUCUGUCCAACUCUCCUCUUCAGGGAAUCGUACCCAAGGAAUACUCACAUUAGAUGGAAAUAUGUUGCUGAUACUACUAUCAUGAGUAUUGGCUCCUUGUUGUAUACCAACGUCGUCCUAAUGCGCCUUUGUGUGCCCGUCUUCAAACACGCCACUUUCAACCUGUUUGUAAACAAACAGACAUUUGUUCUUGCCGUGUUCCACUCAGUAUUACCAGGUAUAAUGAUUCUCCUCUUGUCUUUCUUUGCCUUCCUCCACUGCUGGCUCAACCUCUUUGGGGAAUUGUUGCGUUUUGCCGACAGAAUGUUCUAUAAGGAUUGGUGGAACGCUAAUUCCUUUGCCAGCUAUUACCGUACCUGGAAUGUAGUGGUUCAUGACUGGCUGUAUAACUAUGGAUACAGAGACUUCCUCUGGCUGACAAAUGGGAAAUUCCGUACCACUGCUGCCAUCUCCGUGUUUAUCGUCUCUGCUAUCGCCCACGAGUAUGUUUUCGGCUUGAGCUUUGGCUUCUUCUAUCCAGUCCUGCUCUUCCUUUUUGGCAUCGUUGGCGUGCUGUUCAACUUUGUGAUGAAUGACAAACAUCAGACCCCCUUGUUCAACAUCAUCAUUUGGAUGGCUCUGUUGACUGGUCAGGGCCUCCAGGUGUGUCUGUACUCCCUGGAGUGGUACGCCCAAAUACAAUGCCCUCGGACAGGGAACACUUUCUGGGAGUUGGUGACACCUCGAUCUUGGAUCUGCAACUACCCAAAUUGAAAUUGCUGCAGCAACAGCUUCCUGUUUCCAGGCCUUAAGGAACAAAUGCUGCAUAAUAAAGGCUGGAAAAAUAAGAAGAAAUCGAGUGCUGUGAUCGACUGAAAAAAACGAGGAAGGACAAACUGAACAAUGUGUAAAUGCACACCAUUUUUAAUUUCUUUUUGAAUGUGUGUGGACAGGUUAACAUAGAAAUUAUGUGUUUUUGUGAAAAUGUUAUGGCAGGUUUGAGGACUGGGAGGAAAUGAUUGAUUUUAUCUGUGAUAUUGGGCCAUUUCUGAUUCUACUGCAGUCUUGAUAUUUUAACAAAAGGUGGGAUGCCACUACGUAGGCACGUUUCCAUUACCCCUCAAAUUGUGUAAUUUGAAAUAGUGAAAGGACAAAUACAACGUAUUUUAAAAGAAAACUCUCAAAUGUCACAAUACAGUUUUUACUCUUGCAUGUUUUAUAGGUGAUUCCAAAAGUCCUAUUUAGCAAAACUGCAAUGUAAACACUUUCAGGAAUUACAGGUCACAUGAAUUAUGGAAAGAAUUACAUAGUAUGUUUUUUUAAAAUACAUCACAUGGAUACCUGUGGAUGGAGGGACAGGCUGAAAUUUUUUAAAACAUCAUAACAUCACUCAGUGGAAAUGCUAUUAUUUUACCCUUGUGUUUUGUCAAUAUUCUGAAAAUAUCACUUACCUUUAGUCCAAAUCUGUAAUGGAAACAUGCCUUCCAGUGCUCCUCUGUAAUCAGACAGAUCUGAUCCCAGAUCUAAACUGUAAAAUAAUAAUACCCUACAGUUUUUUGUGUUUUUUUUGCAAUUUGACAUUUUUGUUGCUACGUUAUUCAUUUGUGAUAUAUCUAUUCCUGGAAUUUAAAAAUGGGACACAAAGUCAGUGUCUACAAACCUGCAUAAAUCAUAGUAAUUUAGUUGUUACAUUUUAUGAGAGCACUUGAACAGAAGCAAGACUCUUAAAUGUGAGUUUUCUUUUCGUAUCACCAUUUGGGGGAAGGCAAGUUUUAAUUUGUACAGAGGAGAGAUGAUGGUUUAGUGGUUAAAGUGUUGGGUUUGAGACCAGAGGAUCCUUGGUUCAAAUCCCAGCCUGACUGGAAAAUCACUCAGGGCCCUUGGGCAAAGUCCU